AGGCUAGCGGAAGCACGUGGGUAAAUAGGAAGUAACGUGCUAUGCGCGGGUCUAUUACGUUUCUCCUACUGCAGUGUUCCGAAAUGGCGGGAAUAAAUGCUAUGGAGAAGAAGCUGGCAGAGUACAAAUGUGAUACCAACCAAGCUAUUUGUCUGAAGCUAGCACGCUUUCCAGAAGACUUGGAAGAUGAGGGCACAACUUUCCACCCAGAAUACAGUCACCAACUUUACGGGGAUGAUGAAGUAGCAUUCGGAUACAAAGGCCUUCAGAUCCAGUUGUACUACACUGCUGGGAACCUGAAUACACUGUUUAAAAUCAAGUACACAGCAAAGGUCACUGAAAAGUUUGACUGUGUGGAGCCUGACGACGUUGAAGGUAAAAUCCGAGAAGUGAUCCCUGCCGGAUUCUGUAGCAACACGGACGACUUUCUUGCUUUGUUGGAAAAAGAAGCUAAUUUCAAGCCUUUUGGGACUCUGCUUCACACAUACAAUGUGCACAAUGAAGAGGCAGGUGAAGAUAUUACCUAUCAGAUCUACAAGGCUGACAUGUCCUGCCCUGGCUUUCGAGAGUAUCACGAGAGGCUUCAGACCUUCUUGAUGUGGUUCAUUGAAACGGCCAGCUUCAUCGACGUGGACGAUGAGAGAUGGGACUACUUUCUUAUAUUUGAGAAGUAUAAUAAGGAUGGGGAGACACUCUUCGCAACUGUUGGCUACAUGACAGUCUAUAAUUACUAUGUGUACCCAGACAAAACCCGGCCACGUGUAAGCCAGAUGCUGAUCCUCCCCUCAUUUCAAGGAGAGGGUCACGGUGCUCAGCUGCUCGAAGCUGUCCACAGGUUUUAUUGCACAAUUCCUGAGGUUUUGGACAUUACUGCGGAAGAUCCGUCUGAGAGUUACAUCAGGCUGAGAGACUUUGUCCUGUUAAAACUGUGCCAAGCACUGCCAUCCUUUUCCACAGAACAUUUAGCUCAAGGCUUCAGUCAGGAAAUGGCAACAGAGGCACAGGAAAAGCUAAAGAUAAACAAGAAACAUGCAAGGAGAGUGUAUGAGAUUAUGCGCCUGAGAACAACAGACAUGAGUGACCUGGAGAAGGCAAGAACAUACAGAUUGGAAAUUAAAAGGAGGCUGAUCGGCCCCUACAAGAAAAACCAGAGGGAACUUGCCAAGAUGAGGAGGUGUCUCAGGCCGGAGGAGUUGUGCAAUCAGAUGAGGCAAAUGGACCUUCAGAUGCAACACGAGGAGCUGGAGAAGAGCUACCAGGAGCUUCUGAGUGAAUACAGACGAGUUAUUGAACGGUUGGCUCAAGCCUGAUUGCUGUGUUGUGUGCGAAAUCAAAUCAGAAAUCACUUUCUCCUGGCUGUUGUUCAUUUGUAUAUUUACAGCGGACAUCCAGCUCCCUCUUGUUCUCAUGUCUGGUAUAAUGUGAUAUUUCUUAAUUGAAUUGACUUACUGUUGUUUCAGUAAUUCCAAAAUGUAAGAGGAAAAUAUAGCUUCUGAAAUGUGCUUAAUGUAAUGGUAGGAUCUAAAUAGUGUCUUGGGGUGACAAUUUUCGGUAUCUGUGUAGAUUUUCAGCUGUUCUUCUCUUACUGAGAAAUUCAAGGUUUGGAAGCACUUAAUAAAAGUUUUGUACAUUGCAUAACAAA